UCAUAAAUGCAUAAUUUAGGGAAUGGAUAGGGUAGCUGAUACAAAGAUUUUUUAGCUACCCUAUCUAAAAUUUAAGGUAAAAUAUUUAAAUAGGGUAUCUAAUACAGAUGCACUCAGAAUUGAUCUUCUUAAUAAGACUUUUCCAUAUCAACGACAAACAUUUAUUUUAUAUUUUGUUAACAAUUUAUUUAUUUACCAAUUACCAAUAUGUUUAUACUGCCAACGUGGCGAGAGCUUGACAUAUUAUAGAGAACCGUGUCAGUCAAAACGACGAACACGUAGCUGCAUGCCCUGUCAACGCCUGUCCUAACCUAUCUCCUUCCACGAGCUUCUGAAGUCUUUAUAAAAAAACCAGUAGAAGAUAAGCAGAUACGGUGGAGGUUGUUACAUGGUAGCAACAUGCUUCAAAAUUUAGUUCAAGGUGUUGCUGUUCGUCUUCAUUCCAAUCCCAUCAGGUGCGUAGCUCCGUCGAUUUGCGGAGCUGCUACAGGCGGAGUCUACCCCAUCUCCUCAGAAAGGAAUAAGAAGAUGCAGAAGGAGGAGGAGGACGACAACAAGAAGGAAGAACAACAGCAGCAGCAGAAGGAUCCUCCAAAGGACGACCAUCAUCACGGUGAUAUGAUGGCGCACUCAUUCGGAGAAGGGUACUCGACGAGGUCCGACGAGGAAGGUUUCGGUGGAAUCUACGGCAGAAACCAAGUGUUUGGAAAUCCGUCGCAGGGCGCUCAUACUGCAGCAGAUUUUGACAAGUCGCAGGGAAGUGAAGUGAAGGAGAAGGAGAAGGCUCGCAACCAACCGCACUGAAAACAUUUUAUAUAGCUGUUAAAGUAUUAACGCAUACGCAGUUUCAUGUCUGCUUCUACUUGUAUAUAUCCGCUACGUGUCUAUAUAUAUAUAUAUAUAUAUAUAUAACUGGAAUUAUAUUAAUCUGUAACUCAUGAGUCCAGUAUACUCAUUUUGUUUAAUAUACCAACCA